CGGCCUUUCCUCCCUUCCCUCGCCGCGUAUGAGUCAGGUAUUUCCCAGCCUGCCGGCAGCGGCGACCGCGUACAGCCCAGGCCGGAGCUGCCUCGACCCUCCUCUGCGAGCUCCAUGGAGAAGGUAGCGGCCGCGGCGCAGAGCGGCGGCGGCGGCGGCGAUGCGGUCUCAGCAGCGAACAGCAGCGGCGGCGGCAGUAACAGCAGCAGCCGAAGUAGCAGCCGCCCCACGUCGGCCGGUUCCUCGCCUUGCUCCUCUGCCAGCCAGGGGCUCCCGGGCCGGCCAGGGGGAGCGGCGGUGUCGGCGGUGGCGGUUGCCCCUACUCCUGCGGCAGCGCCGGGGAGGCCGGAUGGCGGCGGCGGGAGCAGCAGCAGCCCCAGUUCGGCCGCGGCCAGUCCUGGCGGGAGCGGCGGCGUAGUAGCGGGGCUGGCGGCGGGCAGGAGAACGGGGCCGGUGCUCGAAGGGACCCUGAGCAAAUACACCAACCUCCUCCAAGGCUGGCAGAGCAGGUACUUCAUGCUGGAUUUUGAGACUGGAAUUCUACAAUAUUUUGUGAAUGAGCAAAGUAAAAACCAGAAGCCAAGAGGGGUAUUAUCCUUAGCUGGGGCUAUAGUUUCCCUCAGUGAUGAAGCUCCAAACAUGUUUGUGGUAUACUCUGCUAAUGGAGAAAUGUAUAAACUGAGAGCUGGUGAUACAAAGGAAAGAGCGUACUGGGUGACUCAGCUUCGAUCUUGUGCCAAGCACCACACAGAAAGUAAUUCAAAGAGCACUCCAACAUCACGGAUGAAAGGCUUGUCAUUGUUGCCUCUUGGAGCAGCCAGCUCUACAUCUCUCAGUUCUCAGAAAAGCCUGAAUCAGUGUGGACAAUCAGUAGUCACCAUUACCCAUCACAAAUCUCCUGCAGCAGCCCGAAGAGCCAAGAACCAGUGUCCUAGUCAGCUUCAUGAAGUCAGAGAGGUCAUGAGUCAGGUGGAGGGACAACAGAGGAACCUUGUGCAAGCCAUUGAAUCCCUACCAGGUUCUGGCUCACUUUCUGCCUUGGAUCAAGAUCUGCUGCUUUUAAAAGCUACCUCUGCUGCUGCCCUCAGCUGCCUAGGAGAAUGCCUGCAUUUGCUACAACAGAGCAUAAAACAAGUGAGCCCACCCACAAACAGGACAUUGUCUUCAGAAAACAUUCUAGGAUGGCAUGGGCCAAAGUCGCAUUCUGCAGAGCCACUGAAAAAUGGUGCCAUUAGUUCUUUGACAGCUGCUAGUGCCAGUCUGACAUGGUCAAUCGUACCAUCUACCACCGAUGAUGAACAAACACUGCCAAGUACAGAGCGCUCCACUCGUGAAUUGAUCCUGGUUGAGGAUGAGGUGACAGAUACUGAAGAUAAUGAAGAGGAUGAUUUAGGAGUCAAGGAAGAUCAGCGUAGCAUAAUUCUUCAUCUCAUCUCACAACUUAAACUUGGAAUGGAUCUAACCAGGGUCGUCCUUCCAACCUUUAUUUUGGAGAAGAGGUCCCUGCUGGAGAUGUAUGCAAACUUCUUGGCCCAUCCAGACCUGCUGUUGUCAGUUUCAACUGGAACCACACCUGAGGAGAGAAUAAUUUACUUUGUGGAGUAUUACUUAACAGCCUUUCAUGAAGGACGAAAAGGAGCUGUAGCCAAGAAGCCCUAUAACCCAAUUAUUGGAGAAACUUUUCAUUGUUCUUGGGACGUGCCUAAAGACCGAGUGAGAACUCACAGUGCCUCUUCAAGUCUUAAGGGACAGGCUUCUCCUGAAUAUUAUAAGCUGAGGUUUGUAGCUGAACAAGUAUCCCAUCACCCUCCGAUAUCUUGCUUUUACUGCGAGUGCAAGGAGAAGAAGAUGUGUGCAAAUGUUCAUGUAUGGACCAAGAGCAAGUUCAUGGGGAUGUCUGUAGGUGUUUCUAUGGUAGGUGAAGGCAUUCUUUAUCUAAUGGAACAUGAGGAAGAAUAUGUAUUCACGUUACCGUGUGCCUAUGCACGCUCUAUACUUACCAUUCCUUGGGUGGAGCUUGGAGGUAAAGUCAAUAUUCAGUGUGCCAAAACUGGCUACUCUGCUACUGUCACAUUCCACACGAAGCCUUUCUAUGGAGGAAAAGUACACAGGGUUACGGCAGAGGUGAAGCAUAAUCCAACCAAUACCAUAGUGUGCAAGGCGCAGGGGGAAUGGAAUGGCACACUGGAAUUUACAUACAGCAAUGGAGAAACCAAAAUAAUUGAUACCACCAAACUGCCCAUAAUCCGCAAGAAGAUCAGACCAAUAGCUAAACAAGGUCCAUUUGAGUCAAGAAACCUUUGGCAACAUGUCACCAGUGCCCUGAAAGAAGGCAACAUUGGCAUAGCAACAGACCACAAGCAGCUCCUUGAGGAGAGGCAGCGAGCAGAGGAGAGGCAGCGAGCAGCUAGCAAUACACCCUGGAAACCAAAGUAUUUCGUUAAGGAGGGUGAUGGAUGGAUAUACUUUGAUCCCCUCUGGAAGACUCAUUGAUGAGCGCACCUGGACUCAUGAGCCCAUUUUCUAGAGGCAUUAAAAAGAUGCACUAUUUAAUUUCAGGUGUGAUUAAGUCUUGCUAUAAAUCAAAGCUGCGUACUGUGAAUAAUGCAGCUCAGAACAGCUAAAAGCUCAAGUUUAUUAAAGAGCCAUUUUUGUGCAUAUACAUUACACAUGCACAACUUUUGCUGUGUAUUGAUUAUAUAGAAGCCUAUUAUAUAUACACACAGACAAUUAAGAAUUUGACCUUUUGCACUCGAAUCGAUGUGUACCACAUUGCUUGCAGGAUCAGGCUUCAUAUUAAUAAUCAACACUUUUUUAGUAUUAUUAAUUGAAGUUUUCUAUUUUUCACAUUGCCAAAAAAAAUUGCACUUAAAACCACUUGACACUGACAGUCAUUGCUUGAUCAAGCCCAUGACUUAGGAAUGAUAUUUUGUGUAUCCAUGUAAAAAGCAUGUUUCCGUCUUGGAUUCACUCUCUGACACUCAUUUUUUGGUUGCUUGUAGGAUGACAGGAAUAUCUAAGGGUUCUUCCAUAUAUAACCUCCAUCUUUCAAAUUGUAUGAUUUGUCUGCUCAUUUGUCAUUCUUUUCUUCUUUGGGAAUUUGAGUUCUCUUCGUGAGUCAUUUGCCAGUGUGUGCAUUACAGAUUUCUGCAGUACAAUGUUUAAUAGAUCACUAAUCAUUCUUUCAAUCAGACUUCACAUAAUCCUGCCUUUCUUAUAUGUACUAUCCCUUUGGCUACCCUAAUUGCUUUGAUAGUGACCCCCAUAUAUAGAGAGCUUACGUUUAACCUCUUAAGACAUUACUUGUUCUGCCAUAGAAAAUAAAUUCAGCUGCUGAGACAAAUGUUCUUAUUGCAGGUAAGGGGCAUAUAAACUACAGAAGAGACACUAAAAAUGUUGAACGACAUUGUCGGUAGAGUCAGAUUUACUGUGGAAUAAUUUUUCUAGCAAAUGUAUGGACCCUAAAAAGUUUCUGCAAAUAUCAACUGCUGGGAGGAGAAUAUGGAUGUGUAAAUCCAGGUCCUUGUCCCCCAGUAUCAGUUUUUAGAAUAACCCCAGCUGUUGGAAAGGCCAGGGGAAUUGUGUAUGUGGCAGCCACGUGCAAGCACAACUUCGGCAUAUAACUAAGUGGAGAGGAACCUGACAAAGCCUAGCAGUACACAGGAGGAAGACCCCUGUGCCCCCCUAAGUUCCAGAUAGCUCAGGAAGUCAGCAGUAAACAUUAAGUCUUAAUGUUUAACAUGAGGUCUGUGGCUCUCUUUGUAGAUUUAAUGCGUGAUGACGUAUAGAUAAAUGGCACCAGGAUGUAUGCAGAACUCUCUUGCAAGCAGGCUGCAGAAUCCAUUUUGCUCUAGGAAAAGGUUAGGAGACUGACAUUUCACAAAGUCAAGUCAGUGUGACUCUGCCCUGGACAGUUUCUAGGGGCCAUCUUGCUGGCUGCUUCUCCAAGAUGUCACAGCAGCCUUGGGGAAGGGGCUUGGGGGUCGUUGUGAGGGCAGGGAGGGGAGGGGAGGCCAGCACCACCAAGGCACAGCACACCCUUGGGGGGUCCUGAGCCACCUUUCCUUUCCAGUGCCUGGCUGCUUUGCAGCGCUGGAGGAAGGCAGGCAUGACCUUGCUCCUCUUUUGCUCUGCAUAGGAUGCCUAUAAGCCUCUGCGGUCGGAGCACUGGCCAGCCCCGUUGCGUUGCAUCUUAAAUCACCGCUGUGUUUCCAGUGUAGCUUUAUGCCUGCUCAUAACUCUCAGUAGCAAACUAGUUGGAUUUAAAUGUAAUGUAUUGGCAUAGAAUGUUUUCUGCACAGUUCCUCAAAUCACAACUGCCAGGCUCCUUAAGCAUUCUUUGUAUUAGUUUUGAAUCCCGAUCUUUACAUUGUAUCAUUUUUGUGCCUUGUCUGCUUGAAUUCACUAUUUGCAUCUUGUAUAUAACCAGGGAAGAUAUACUUGUUACAUUUUAAUAUUUUUAGCAGCAAUCUAAGGUGGCAAUCCAAAACUAUACACGUGUCUAUAUAAAGGAAUGUAUUACAAAGUUAACACUUUUUAUUUAAAGAGCAUCAACACUCACCUGAAUACCUAGUGAUAAAGCCCCACACUUUACCCUACUUCUUGUAUACUGUCUCAGCGUAUAAAAGCCAAUAUUGUAUUUAUAAAAGAUGAUUUUUCUUAGUGUGUUUAAAGCCAAUUUUAAAGGAAAUAAAACUGUACAUCCUCA